AUGAGUUCCCCGACGGUAAGACUAAUAUCAGAAUGCUUUGUCAAACCACUUGAUGACCUCUCACCGGAAACAAAACAACCUAUUCAUUUCACACCCUUUGAACUAGCCUUCCUUAAUGCUAACUACAGCCAAAAGGGUUUACUUUUCGCAAAACCAUCACCACCCGAAAACACAAAUUUCUCCAUAACCGUACUCUUGGAUGACCUCAAAAACUCUCUAGCCGCAACACUUACUCAUUUCUACCCGCUUGCAGCCCGUUUGGCCACUCAAAUACAAGAUAACCCACCUUCCUAUGUUAUCUACAUUGACACUGAAAACAGCCCCGGGGUCAAGUUUAUUUACGCAAAGACAGACGCCACUAUAGCCGAUGUACUUAACCCUGUUGAAGUACCAUUUAUUGUUCGUUCGUUUUUUGACCUUAAUAAGGCUAUAAACCAUGAUGGUCAUACAUUGCCUUUGUUGUCCAUUAAGGUGACCGAGCUAACCGAUGGAAUCUUCAUUGGUGGCUCGGUUAACCACCUUAUAGCGGACGGAACAUCAUUUUGGCAUUUCAUGACUUCUUGGAAUGAAAUAUUCAAAUCUAAAAAUCGAGAGAGUUGUAUUAUCUCGCGUACUCCAAUAUUCAAAAGGUUGGCUCUUGAAGGAUAUGAUCCUAUAGUUAAUCUUCCGUAUACACAUCACGGUCAGUUUAUUGAACCAUUCAAUCAUCCACAAGAUCUUAAAGAAAGAUUCUUCCAUUUCUCAACUUCUUCGGUAGCAAGACUUAAGAAAAAAGCAAAUGCUGAAUGUAAUACCCAAAAGAUCUCAAGUUUACAAGCCGUGUCUGGUCUUUUAUGGAGGUGUGUAACUAGAGUACGACACCAACCAAAAGACACUGACACAGUUUGUAAACUUGUGGUGAGUAAUCGACGUAGGGUGAACCCGCCUUUAUCUGAUGAUUAUUUUGGUAACCCAAUUCAAACGGUACAAGGAACAACAACGGUAGAGGAGUUGAUGGAAAAUGGGCUCGGAUGGGCCGCAUUGAAGUUACAUGAAGUGGUAACAAGCCACGACGAUGUAGAAGUGAAGAAAUGGGUUGAUUCGUGGUUUAAAAACCCGGUAGUGUAUAAAAUGAAUAGGCUGUUCUUUCCAAACAUGGUACACAUUGGGAGCUCGCCAAGGUUUGAUAUGUAUGGGUGUGAAUUCGGGUUGGGGAAAGCAGUAGCGGCUAGAAGUGGGUUUGUUAAUAAAGCCGAUGGGAAAAUGACAAUGUAUCCUGGUCGGGAAGGAGGUGGAAGUAUGGAUGUCGAAGUUUGCUUAUUGCCCGAAAGUAUGAAGGAACUUGAAUGUGAUGAGGAAUUCGUAAGUGCUCUUGAGAGUGACUAAUAUUAGGUAUGAUAUCGAUAAGAUUAAUCUCUUGUUAUAGUUGAUUUUCUGCUAUUAG